CGUCUACCAGUGGAAAGUCUUCCUCCUACGUCAAUCACACAUCACGAUAACCUCUAAAAUGAUCACAUCUGAGGACGAACAGUUGCGCCAAGUGGUGAAAAAUGCAAUAAAAACUGAGAUGUCAUCAACUCAGUUUUGGAAGGUGGCAGAACAUGUCCCAGAGAAUGAAUUUUUGGAGUUGGCUCAAAGCAAUUUCAAGGAAUGUAUGCUGGACUACGACCACGGCACUGUUCGUAUUCGCCGUGUACCGUCUUUCCCGCACGAGCGGGCCGCCACGUCUACUUUCAAUCAAAUCGCUAUAUCUUUGAUUGACAAAGUCGGAACGACUAAUUUUGACAGCCUGUGCAAUAACAUUGGCACUACCACCUUGAAAGUCAACUCUCAAGUGUACAAGCAACCCGAUGCGGGGUUCGUCCCCGUUGGAAGAAUGUAUCCUACUGUUCUCAUUGAAGUUGGAUGGUCAGAAGCGCUCAAAGAGUUGCAAGACGAUGCGAGAACAUGGCUCACAAGCCAUAUUGACAUUGCUUGUGUUAUCCUCAUUGAUAUACAAAGGAUUGCAAGUGCGACUCUUGGACGGCGAAUGUCAAUGGAAAUUUGGAUGUCGGAGCUAAUCCCUGGGCGACGUGAGGCCACACAAGUAUCCGUACACCCAUUUGGAGAGAACAUCGAUUUGGAGAAGGCUCUUCCACCUUCAAUUCCUUUUCAUAUAUUGUUCAAAGGGGUUCCUGCACCGGAGGGUUUGGACUUGGAGCACGAUCAAUGUACUUUUGACCUCGUGGCCCUUCGUGAUAAGAUUAAGCAGGCCAUCAUUUUUGAGGACCAGCAGGCUGGUCGCAGGAGCAUAUGAUAUAUAGAAGAUAUAUUUAACUGCUUCCCGUUCAUUAAUCCCCUCACUCGCAUGUAUCUCCAAUGAGAUCCCUCUGGACUUUUCUCC